UUUGGAUAACUUGCGAAUAAAGUUCCAAGAAAUACGAUUUAGAAAAGAAAUAACAAUGCUUGAAAUAAUAAUAACAAAAGACACGUAGGGAGGGCCGGUAGGAGGAGAAAACUGACAGUUAAAGGAGGUCGAGCCUUUACAACGUCGAUAUGAGGUUGCGCUAUUAAAAAGGCAUAGCCCGUAAAGUUCUACAGACCCGUCGCUGAAGACAGGAUUCCGCCCACAAGAAAGAUGGCGGCUCCCUUGCUGGAGAAACUGUCGGAGUCUCUAGGUUCGCCGGAGCCAGCCGUUCGCCUCAUAUUAUCGGUGUUAAUCGGGUAUCCCUUUGCACUGGUGUACCGGUGGUUCCUCUUCUACCAGCCUUCCACAGUUAUCCACUUGUUCCACAUUUGUUCGGGGUUGGCACUAGCAGCAUUUAACUUUGCAGGCUCCCAGCUCUAUCACUCCGCAACAUGCGUCUUCGUCCAAUUUCUGAUGCUGAGGCUCAUGGGGAGGACGGUGACGGCCGUCCUGAGCAGUUUUACAUUUCAAAUGCUGUACCUGAUGGCUGGGUAUUACUACACAGCAACAGAGGAGUAUGACAUCAAGUGGACGAUGCCUCAUUGUGUCCUCACUCUUAAACUCAUUGGUUUGGCAUUUGACUUCUAUGAUGGAGGCAAAGAUCCAUCAAAGCUGAGCGCGGAGCAGAAAAAGGGUGCGCUGCCAUCAGUACCCACACUGCUGGAGGUCUUUGGAUUUUCUUACUUCUACGGAGGGUUCCUGGUGGGUCCCCAGUUUACACUGCGCAGCUACCAGAGGCUGGUGGCCAGGGAGCUUACAGACUGCCCCGGAAAGCCUCCCAACAGUGCUAUUCCUGCUAUGAAGAGGUUUGCUCUUGGCUUUCUCUGCCUGGCAAUUUAUGCAAUAUUUAGUCCUUAUUACCCAGACAGCUACUUCUUAACAGAUGAUUAUGAGGCUCAGCCAUUCUGGUACCGCUGCGUUUUUAUUCUGCUUUGGGGCAAAUUUAUGUUGUAUAAAUAUGUCAGCUGUUGGGUCAUAGCGGAGGGUGUUUGUAUAUUGGCUGGUCUUGGGUACAAUGGAGUGGUUGAUGGUAAACAUCAAUGGGACGCCUGUGCCAAUAUGAAGGUGUGGCUCUUUGAGACCACGCCCCUUUUUGGAGGAACUAUUGCUUCUUUCAACAUCAACACAAAUGCCUGGGCUGCCAGACAUGUGUUUAAGCGGCUGAGGUUCCUGGGAAAUAAGACCUUAUCUCAUGUGGCCACACUGCUCUUUUUAACCAUCUGGCACGGCCUUCACUCCGGAUACAUCCUGUGCUUCUCAAUGGAGUUCUUCAUCAUUACCGUAGAGCGGCAGGCCCAGGCUCUUGUGCGGGAUAGUCCCCUGCUGACUAACUUGGCCAACAGCCACCUCUACCCCCUCAUCUACGUAGUUCAGCAGUUUAUUCACUGGCUCUUCAUGGGGUAUCCUCUCGUGCCAUUCUGCCUUUUCACCUAUGACAAAUGGCUCAAGGUAUAUUCUUCCGUCUACUUCUGCGGUCAUGUGUUCUUCCUUGUGGUAUAUUUAAGUCUACCAUUCCUCCGUACGAGUCUUGUGCCUAAGAAAGAACGGAGCGAGAAAAAGCAAGACUGAAACCUGGUUCUGGGCCCUGGAAAGGUCUGUUUGAGGCUGAAUACCCUCGAUCCUGAAAGGGAACCAUGACGUUCGAGGAGCAGAACGCAAACUAUUUUAAGGCCUUUAGUAAUAUAUAAAUAUGAAUAUAUGUUCAUGUAAAAAUAAAUUUCUAUAUAUUUUUGUGUUUUUAAGUGGGAGGGCUGGGUUUUAUAAAUAUUUCGAGAUGUUUACAGGAAAUUACCAUUGUGCCACAUGGGGUAAUGUGAGCCAAUCGGAGUCAGUUUCCUGCUUGUAUAUCAUUAUCACUCUCUUUUGUUUCUUUUUUGAGGUAAAUUUAAGACGUGUGAAACUUGAGAAGACUUUUCAUGCCGUCGAUAUGGGAUUGCACUUAUGAGUCACAGGUUCUGAGUCUGUUUUUAGGCUCCUGUGUGUUUUUGUUGUUUAAUUGCCCCAUGUCUGGCACCCUCAUUUUUGCAGCAGCACUAACCCUUAAUAGAGGGUUUAAGCACAGCUGUAUGGAUAUUUAUAUAUAAUACUUCCUGAUGUCAUGAUCCAACAUGCACACGUUUCUGCAGAAAGAUUUGGACGAUUGGAGGCUUUUUUUUCUCUGCAAAUGGCUGCUAGUGGUUAUACAAGCACUGUAAAAUCACACACUGUACAUCUAACACCCAACUCUAAAUGGCCUUGAAUCAAUGAAUGUUUCUACCGUUCGUUUGUUCUGGAUUUAAUUUGAUUUGUAAUUGGGGGAAAAAAUUGUAUGAUUUUUUUAUAGGGUUUUAUGAAAAUGAACAUUUUGUAGUUUUUGGAUAAGACGCAUUGUUCUCCUGCAUUUCCCUUCUUUGUAGUCCAUAUAGUUUUCUUCUCUCGUCCUUCAACUCUGUGCCACUCCUUUGUCUAGCUACUUUGAUUCAACUGCAGCCCUCACUUUAAAAAGCACAAAUGUGCAAAUAAAUCACACCCAGUGGUUUUGGUCCCUCUGAAGUCCAGUCUGUGAGAGUAUGGGUCAUACACUGAUUUAAAAAAUGCACCGUUGGGGAUUUCACCCUUCAGCCCGCUCCUGUGUUUCUAACAGCAGACCGUAAUUAACAAGAGUGAAGGAUCAUAGCCCAUAUGCCCCUUUGUAAUGUGCAUAUUUUCUGGGUAAGGGGGAAAAAAAUAUUGCCGUUGUUACCACCGUCCUUUCACACACAGAGGACAAACCUCACCGUAGCAACGGCCCAGAUUUCAGUAAUAUUUAUACAGAACAUGCUGAUUAUUAAUUGAUGAAAUGCUAUUUCAAGAGACUCCUGUUUUUGCCUUAUCCGAAUAAAAUGUACAAAAGAAAACAUGUUAAGAGGUGAAAGUGAUUUGAAAUAUACUUUUGUAAUGUUAAAUAAAAUACUGCAUUUCAAGGAAGACCUCUGUAAC